GACACACGGUUCACACUUUUUACUGCUCUCCGACCGGGUUUCCAAAUUACACACACACACAUGCGGUUUGCAAAACUAAAGCUCAGUGAUGAGGAUUCUGGCGAGUGAGAGGGGCGACAAUGAACGCAUUGGGUGAUUCAGGGACCACGAAGAGUUAAAGAGACACCAUCAUCAGAGAGCGGGAGUUUGCCUUCCUGAAACGUUCCGCCGAUUAUAAAAGCCCAGGGACGGUCCAGCAGAAAGCCCCCUCUCUCACAAGGUCCCUAUCACGCCCCAUCCCACAUCACUGACGGCCUUACCUCACCCCGAUCGCAAAAUACCUCACAAGACUCCUUCCAGACGGACUUUGAAAUUUGGAAGGACAUUUUGCCAGUGUCUGGCUGCACGCAAGAGGGCACUGUUGUCAACCUUCGGCUGGCCAUCAUGAAGUCGAGUUCCACGCUGUGCCUGAUCAGGUUACUCUGUGCCCUAUGUGGAACAAGUGCAUUUGUGUCUUCAGUGAAUGUCUCCAGCGCGCUGGUUUCCUCAAACUUCAGCGGGAAAGCGUGGCCCGGGAGAAAAUACCUGCCACCGGGGAGUAUCCCGAAAGUCAGGCGGAGACGGUACAUCUCCCCAACUGACAAAUCGGUUAUUCUCGACUACCACAACAAGGUUCGAAGUCAAGUCAACCCCCCUUCAGCGAAUAUGGAGUACAUGGUUUGGGAUGACAAUCUGGCAAAGUCUGCUGAAUCGUGGGCUGCGACGUGUAUCUGGGACCAUGGGCCAUCGUAUUUACUGAGAUUUCUGGGGCAAAAUCUAUCAGUUCGCUCUGGACGCUAUCGAAAUAUUCUCCAACUGGUAAAACCUUGGUACGAUGAAGUGAAGAGCUAUAGUUUUCCUUACCCUCGUGACUGCAAUCCCAGGUGUCCCCUGAAAUGUUAUGGACCAGUGUGCACACACUAUACACAGAUGGUUUGGGCAACGUCCAAUCGAAUAGGCUGUGCAAUCCAUACCUGCCACAAUAUGCAUGUCUGGGGGUCAACCUGGCGACGUGCGAUAUACCUCGUUUGCAACUAUUCUCCAAAGGGAAAUUGGAUUGGGGAAGCGCCGUACAAAGUCGGAGUGCCAUGCUCAGCCUGUCCGCCCAGUUAUGGAGGAGCCUGUAGCAACAAUCAGUGUUUCCCACGAGUAACCUCAAACUACCUGUACUGGUUCAAAUGAUCGGUUAGGAUUUACAGAAUACGCCCACAGCACCACAUUAGGAUUCCUCCUCAGAGUUACUAGUCAGCUGAAGGAACUUGGCAGAACAUAUUUUAAUUAAUAUACCCAUAAAUAUCACUGAAAGUUUUGUCUUAAUGGUAUCAUUUUACAAAACACUUAUUAUUAUCAUUGUACUGCUUUUAACUUCCACCAAGUUAGCUCUUAUAGAAAUGCAAAAUUUAUUAUAUCAACACAAGGCACUGUAUUUAUGGAGAAAAAAAGAACAGCAUGAUACUGCAAAAUGUUGCUUUAUUUACAGGUGAGAUGAGAAAGCAGUUUGCUACAAGUUUUGUGCAUGGGUAUGGUUUAAUGUUCCUGAGUUGGAAAACCUGUUUGUUGAUUAUUCUAAUGGGUAUGUAUAGGUUCGCACCUUGGUUACUGUUAAAACUUGAGGGUCAGUUAGAUAAGCUAAAGAAUGUGCUUGUAGAAAGCAGUAUUUACAACAAUUAAUAAUUUCAUCAUCUCUGCCCUGAAUAACUGAGGCAGUCUAGCUAGUAAAACUUCUCAUGGUGCUAAGAAGUUUAUUUUAAAAAACCUGCUAUUUCAGAGGGCACACAGUUCUGUGUCAGGCAUUACUUAAAAGUACUUAUCUAAGGUAUUAAAAUAUGGGAAAAAAAAUGAUGAAGGUGCUUCAGAUCACUCUGAUCAAUAUUUUGAUCAUUUACCUAUUUUCCUGUAACAAUGGGAAUUUAUAAACUGGCAGCUCAAACACAUCAACACAUCAGUAGGUUCAGGUAGCACAUGAGCUGGCCUCUUGUGCCAAUAAACAAUCUAUUACAUUUCUGCAACGAAGGAUUAUUCUCAUUGACAUCUGACAUUGUAUCCAACUGCAAAGAUUAUUACUUUUCUGCUUUGAGCUCCCAAGUCAUUAUUUUAGCUGGCUCUUAAUUGCUUACUCCAUUGAUAAUGCUUCCCCAAUUUUGACUUCAUGCCUUUUCCCGACACCAGGUUUUGAAAUAAUGAAGUGUUGAGUUCUCCAAUUUCAAAUAACCUCCCUCCCCAUUCCCCGAGUCCCUUCCCAGCCCCUCCCUCUCCCUUCCACU